GAAGUGUUGCAUUCUUGCCUUUGCGCGUGGAGACUCCUCCCCUCACAGACAGUUGGAGAAAUUAUCUAUUAACUUGAGAUGUAAUCUAGUGACAGAUGGUGAAUAAAUCGGAUCCGAGCACUGUUCGCUCUUCUGGUCUUUGCACGACCUUCUCUGUCGGUCACAUGAGGAGAAACAGCAGGUCAGGAUGGCAGAUGAAGGAUUGCUGAAGUGGACAGUUAUAGUGCUCACAUGUCAACAUAAAGACAGUGUUUAUGCUUUCCAGAGAGAGCUGGAGGUGCGUCAGAAGCGUGGCGUUCUCCCGGCUGAUGCCCUGCUGCUGACGGUCCCGGACCCUAACGCCCGGCUGGGCAGCGGCGGGGCCACACUGAACGCCCUGCUGGUGGCUGCAGAACACCUGAGCGCUAGAGCCGGAUACAGCGUGGUGAACGCAGAUGUCCUGGAUGAAGCUCAUAUUCUCAUCCUUCACACGGGUAGAGAUUUCCCGUGGGAUGGCUGCAGCAGGGCUUUCUGCUGGAUGCCCGUACAGAGAUCAGAUGCUGUAGAAGGAGCCGUUUGCUGCUUAGACCUGCUGUUGGAUUGUCUGUCCACAAAGAUUUGCGCUGGUUCUCCACCAGGCGUUUGGGUGUGCGGCACUGAUAUGAUCCUGAAUAUUCCUACACGACAACUGUUUUCAUGGGACGGGUUCUCUGGGGUUCAGGUUGUGGCUUUGCCUAGUGACGCUUGUUUUGCUGUUAAUCAUGGCGUUUAUCUCACUGAUGCAGAGAACAGAGUGUGUAACAUUAUCUAUAAGGGCUCAAAGGAGAAGAUCAGCCUUGCCGCACUGCCUGAUGGGAAAGUACCGCUGGUGUCCGGGCCGGUGUUUUUCUCUAGGGCUGUUGCAGAGAAACUCCUGCAGACUCAUGUUACGUCACCAUUGGACGGAUGUACGUAUCUUGGCAUGGAUUCGGGAGCUCCGCCACUUGAGGUAAACACACACAACAUAGUGUUCUUUCUCAGAUUCUCAGAUCCCCCUCUCACUUUUCUUGCUCUCUUGCAGAUAUCUCUCUUUCUGGAUAUUCUGGUGUGCCUUUGCUCUGACCUGACAGAGCAUGAAUUCAUCAAUGGAGAGAGAGCAGGCUGCACCUCACCCUCCGGACCUCAAGGGGCAGUAGUGAGGAGCGGCCGCGCUGUGCUGUGGAGGACGCUCAGGGGAGCCUCUAUCUCUAUAUUGUACAUUCCAGAGGGCCGCUAUGAUUAUUUGACUCAGUCGGGCCGAGAACAUGUCGUUCGUCUGACAGAAUCAGGAUCAGAGACAAUAAUUCGGUCUCAUAUUCAGGAUGUGCAGUCUGUGUCAGAAGGAAGCAGGGUGAUUAACAGCGUGUUGGAAGGAGAUGUUCGUGUAUCAGCAGGAGCUGUGGUGCAGCACUGCCACCUACAGGGUCCAGUCCAGGUGAAUUCUGGGUGUCUGCUGUCAGGGCUUGAUUUGACCUCAUCAUCCUGCAUCCAGCGCCUACCUCUGUCCAGUGACAUCAUCGUUCAGGGUCAUCGAGUGAUGCUCGGAGAGUUAAAGUUAACCGUGUACACAGCUUUUGGAGCUCAUGAUAAUUUAGAGGUCAAUGCUGAUGAUGUUACUGCUUCAUUCCUUAAUCAAAAAUGGAGUGAGUUUUACAGUCGGACUGGAAUACAGGCUCUGGACCUUUGGGGACCUGCGAGGACCGAGUCAUGCUGUCUGCUGGACGCCCGAUUGUUCCCAGUGUUCAUGCCACGUUCAGGACCCGUAGGAUUGGAGGGUGUUUGUUGGCUUCUGGGCGGUGCUGGUGGGCUGGACAGCUGGAAGGAAGCCUGGAGACUCUCGCUCAGGGAUAUUCUGAUCCUGACGGACCAGCAGACGGAGCUGCGCUGGAGAGAGGAGCUGUUCUUCAGUGUGGGUCGACGAAGAGCCGUGGACACUCUUCAAGGCCACACGGAUCUCAAUCUACUGCCGUUCUUCAGAGCAGCAGCACUGUCCGGCCAGCAGGAGGCGCUACUACAGGCGCUAGAUUCGGUUGCUGCAAACAGCAGUGGUGAUCUGGGAGUAGCGGCACGUUGUCUGGCCUGUAUCGCAGAUGUUCUCGGCUGUCUGGCGGGCGAGGGGAAGGGCGGUUUGCGCAGCGGACCAGCGGCAAAUCCGUCUUGGGCUCCUGCUUUUAAACUCCUAGAGGACGGAAACUUAAACGCUGGUGUCCAAGAACUGGCUAAUCAGAGAAAACACUGGCUCAGCAGACCAGAUUUGUUGGUGCGAGCUGCCAGACAUUAUGAGGGGGCGGGACAGAUACUGCUGCGGAAGGCAGUGAUGUCAGCGCGACAGUUUGUGUUCAUUGGUCAAGGAGAGAUGCCGCCGAUGGGCGAGUGGCAGGAAGUGGAGUGUCCUGCUCGACUGGAUCUGUCAGGCGGCUGGAGUGACACUCCUCCUAUAGCGUUUGAACAUGGUGGUCUGGUGGUCAAUGUGGCCAUCAAGGUGGAUGGAAGACGUCCGAUUGGAGCUCGAGUUCGUCGCGUCCCAAAGCCUCAUCUGCUGUUGGUCAGCACCAGCGGUGAACCGUCCUGCAGCUUCUCCACAGAAACACUCUGUGAGGAACUUACUGACCUGGAGGACUAUUGCCAACCUCAUGCUCCAGGUGCGCUGCUGAAAGCCGUGUGUGUGUGCAGUGAUCUGGUGUGUGUGUCGUCUCCUGUCUCUCUGAAAGAGCAGCUGUUGCAGCGCUGGGGAGGAGGACUGGAGAUCCACAGCUGCUCUUCAUUGCCACAUGGUUCUGGUCUCGGCACCAGCAGUAUUCUGGCAGGUGCAGCUCUUGCAGCAGUAUACAGAUGUACGGGACGGAGCUUCGACACAAACUCUCUCAUUCAUGAUGUUCUUUACCUGGAGCAGAUCCUCACCACCGGUGGAGGAUGGCAGGAUCAGGUUGGCGGGCUGUUUGGAGGAGUGAAGCUGGCUCAAUCUGCAGCUCAAUUACCCCUGAGAGUGGAAGUAGAACAGCUCUCUCUUACUCAAGACUUCCUGUCUGUCCUGCAGCAGCAUCUUCUUCUGGUUUACACUGGAAAGACGCGUUUAGCGCGGAACCUGCUGCAGGACGUGGUGCGGAGCUGGUACGCGCGUUUACCCUCCAUCGUCCAGAACGCAGAGCAGCUGGUGACCAAUGCAGAGGAGUGUGCUGAAGCCUGCAGAGAGGGGUCUAUCCUCAGGUUGGGCGAGUGUAUGGACACAUACUGGCAGCAGAAGAAGCUGAUGGCUCCAGGCUGUGAGCCGGCGGCAGUGAGAUCCAUGAUGAACGCUCUUCAGCCGCUGAGUUUAGGACAGAGUCUGGCAGGAGCAGGAGGAGGAGGAUUCCUGUUCUUACUCACCCGUGAGCCUCAGCAGAAGGAAACAGUGACAGAGAUUCUCACAAACAUACAGGGCAUUGGUUCCUUCAGUGUUCAUUCAGUGGAUCUGGAUAUGGACGGGAUCUCAGUGAUUCAGAAGAGCUCUGAACAUCCUGAACAACACAAAUCUGACUGCCUUAAAUAACAAUUAAACUGAUAUUGCUUCUGUAAAUAUAACAUUUGUUUAAUAUAGAUGUUUCCCAUGUUUUAACAUGUCAAUCCUGAAGAAUGAAUGAAAGAAGGUUUUUAAAUGAUUUUUAAAAAUAUGU